UCGGGAAUCAUACGCACGCCUUCCUCAUCCUAGUGUUUGCUUGCCCAAGUAUACACGUGUGGAGGAAGUGUCGGCUGCUGUAUACUGAGUCAAAUAUCCACCAAUUUAUAAUAUAUAUACUAUUCCCGGCUUCAUUCGCUUGAUACGCCCACGAGCAUCCCGUGCUGUAUAUACGUACAGAGACGCACGCGACUCAACUGCUCUCGACUACGGUACAUAUAUUACCGAUAUAAUAAUACCUUAAUAUUCGUCACAUCAACAUGUAUAAGAUGCUUCGAUCGAUACCAGCCCUGGCUGUGGCCUUGCUGGGCGCGUCCACUGUGCUCGCUCAAGAGUCCGCGCCUUACUGCUCCCUCACUAAGAAGUGCCCAGAGGCAACUCCCUGCUGCUCUCAAUACGGUCAAUGCGGUGUUGGCGCGUACUGCCUCGGCGGAUGCGACCCGCGCAUGUCCUUUUCUCUCGAUUCCUGUGUCCCCGAGCCUGUGUGUCAGUCUAGGACGAUGAAGAUGGACAGCACCGACCGCAUCGCUGAUGCCUCAAAAUACCUUGGUGAUCCUUCCAAAGCUGAUUGGGUCGCUCAGGGCAACCCUCUUUCCCACAAUGGCAAUGUGCUCUUGACUAUGCCGCCUCACUCCGCUGGAACUGUCCUCGCCUCAACUGUCUAUAUGUGGUACGGGAAUGUCAAGGCUAACAUAAAGACGUCGAAGGAUGCUGGUGUUGUUACAGCUUUCAUACUGCUCAGUGAUGUGAAAGAUGAGAUCGAUUUUGAGUGGGUUGGUACCGAACUGGAUAUUGUUCAGACGAAUUACUACUUCCAGGGCAUACCCAAUUAUACUCAUUCAGGCAACAUCACCGACUCGUCCAUCAAAAACACUAAUACCGAAUGGCACACCUACGAGAUCAGGUGGACUCCGGAGAAGAUCGAAUGGCUUGUAGAUGAUAAGGUUGGUCGGACGUGGGAGAAGUCGAAGACCUGGAACUCCACUAGCAACCAAUGGGAAUUCCCCCAGACGCCAGCCCGAGUUCAACUUUCUAUCUGGCCUGGUGGUGACGAGAAGAACGCCAAGGGCACUGUUGACUGGGCCGGUGGAUAUAUCAACUGGGACAGUGACGCUAUCAAGAAGGACAAGUACUACUACGCUACCGUCGGCGAGGUUACCAUCGACUGCUACCAGACGGAUAAGGCACCUGGCACGAACUCGGGCAAGAGCUACGUCUACAACGAUGCGAAGGGUACUAAUGAUACCGUUGUAGACGGCGACUCCAACACCGUCUUGAAAUCGCUACUGGGUACCGGCCUUGAUAUGGACAAGGACUAUCCCAAGGACUCGAGCACGUCAUCGGGCACGCAAGAUGUUAUUCCCGGCCUGAGCGGCGGCGGGCCUGGUACUAAUGGACAGGCAGCCGGUGGGAGCAACGGUAACUCGGGUAGCGGCUCGGGCAGCGGCGCUACUACCGCUGGUAGCAGCCCUAACGCCGUCUGCACGGACAGUUUCCAACAGGUCUGUGGUUCCAGUGGCGACGGCAACUCUAACCAAGGUAUGCGGCCAGAGCGUACUUUCGGCGCGAGCGCGUUCGCCGCUCUAAUUGCCGUUGGUGCUAUGCUUUGGCUUUAAAUUGCGAAUUGAGUUCCUGUGUUAUACUUAUAUGUAUAUAUAUAUAUAUAUAUACCAACCUUACAAAAAUGAGUCUAUGGGGGUUUCCUUAGGUUCUGGGUCCGCACGAUCUCUC